AUGGGUAGUGAGUGGGUCGGAUUGGAAGGUCGGGCAAGCAAGGACAUCAUCCUCUACUCAACACAAUGCCUGACACAGGCUGCCGGCAUGCUCCUGGAGUUGCCGCAGUCCACGACAGCCCAAGCCAACGUUAUUCUUGCCCGAUAUUGGCUUGUUGAGCCUCCCAUGGCCUACGAGUUCAGCGACGCCUCGGCAGCUUCCCUUUACCUUGUCGCCAAGAUGGGCUCUUUCCCACGAUCACAACGCGACCUCUCCAAUGUCUACGCAUACCUUCUCUCACCCGGCUCAGCUUUCUUUCACGGCGGCAAACCACCAGCAGACCAAGACCCGACGGCCUACUACCAACCCGAGGAUGAAUACUUCGCCUUCAAGAACCGAAUGCUCGCCAUCGAGGCGCGCAUACUCUACGCCUUGUCCUUCGACACGCACGUGUCGCUACCACAUCCCCUGGGAGUGACAUAUCUGCAGACGCUGGACUUUCUAGGACUGCCCAAAGGCAAGAUUGGCAAGCGCACGAUUGAGUACCUGAACACAGCGCUGCUGUCACCACAGAUGCUCUACCUGACACAUCAACCCAACGCGCUCGCGACGGCAGCAAUAUACAACGCGGCGAAAGACCUCGAGGCCAAGAUGCCGGAGUGCGAGUGGUGGGAAGUCUUUGAUGUCGACCGGGAGGAGCUUGGCUUUCUCGUGGUCGGCAUGCGGAGUCUGGAAGGCUGGGUCACGCAGCAGCAGGAGACAUUACCCAGUCUCAUGUGCGAGGGCAUGGUGACGAGGGACAAGGUGGACGAAGAAAUGAGGAGGAGGGGUGUCCAUACUGGGAAUGGCGACAAAGCCCUCGAUGAGGAGGAAGAGAUGAUGCGGAAAAUGGACGCAAAAAUGACAGACGCGUAG